AUGGCAGAAAAGGCGAUUAUUAUCGGCGGUGGCCCAGCAGGGCUUGCAGCUGCAUUGCGUCUGAAACAAUCAAACGGAAUUGACUGCGUGGUUUACGAGAUUCGUGAUAAACCAUCCACAAUCGGUGGCGCAGUCAACAUUCCUCCCAAUGGAGUCAGGUUGUUCCACGAGCUUGGAUUGUAUGACGAGCUCAAUGCCCGGGCUUCCUCAAUUUCAAAGUUGACCCUUGGAUCAGCACCUGAAUCUCCUGAUUUUCAGUACGCGGUCGGGGAGGAGUGCAUGCAUGCCACAGGGUUCGGCGUCUGGAGGGUGUUGAGAUCAGAUCUCAUCAAGGUCCUUUAUACUGCCGUACAACGCGAAAACAUCAAAGUGGUUUUCGGGAAACGAUUGACGAAAGUGGUUGAGAUGCAAGAUGCUGUUCAAAUCGCCUUUGACGAUGGCACAGAGGAUUCGGCUGCAAUGCUUCUUGGCUGCGACGGAAUUCACUCCGCCGUUCGCAAGCUGCAUAUUGACCCUCAGGUGGAACCGAUGUAUUCUGGGGUGUCAAACAUGUUCGCGAUCCUACCAUCAACGAGUCUUGUCGUGCCAGCACCUAGAGAGCCAAAGAUGAGCAUGACUUUUACUUCUGAUGGCCUGUUCUCUGUCGUUCCCUGCACGGCGUCAGGCGAGCAUUUAUAUUGGUUUUAUUCCCGCAAAGUUGCAAUUCCAGACGAUGAAGGCAGUCGCGAUGGUUGGGAGGCAUACGGUCAAAAGGCUGUUCAGGACCUUAAGAGGGAUAUGUAUGACGUGCUCAAGGACAUCACCGGAGCAUGGGGGGAUGCGUUGAGAGGGUUAAUCUCCGCGACUGAAACUGUCAAAUUUUAUCCGGUUUACAAGAUGUCGCCAUCCUGCCGCUGGUCAACGGGUCGUUGUCUUCUGCUCGGCGAUGCUGCUCAUGCCAUGCAGCCGCAUCUUGGUCAGGGGACAUCCAUGGCAUUAGAAGACGUUUUCCUGCUCUCACGUCUUUUGGAGAGUCGACCUGCCAAGUUGGAUGAAACAUUUGCUCGGUAUGAACAGAUCAGACGACCUCGAGUUGAGAAAAUAUCUCAAGGCGCAACUCACACAGGAAAUCUCCGGGGGAAGUUGGACCCCAAAAUGUCUCAGACCCGCGAGGAGGUCCUCGCGGCGCAAUGGCGCGAUGGAGCCAGGAUGAAAGAUUAUCUUUACAACAUCCUCGAUGUUAAGUUGUAG